AUGCAUAACAUCCCAGUCAGCUUUAUCAAUCAUGCGAAUGCCAUAGAAACCAUUUGGUGCUUAGAUUCUACUAAUGCUGACAUUAUAUUAGCUGAAACAAUUAAAAAUUAUGACUCUGGUUACAUCAAUAUUGAUCAGAUCUUUGAAGCACUAGGAUACUUUGCAAUAUACCACCUCAAAGAGCUUGAAACAAUAUAUAGCUUUUGUACACAGCUUAUUAGUAAGUACCAAAUAACGAAAAUCAUGCCUUCAAUUAAAUCGCAUUCACUUAGGUAUAUAUUGAAAGAAAAUGGAUACACAGAUAUAAAUACCGAAAAAUCUAUCAUGAAUGAACAUAUUUUUGCAAUGCGUCAAAAUAAUCUUCAUUUUGCAAAGGAUUGGUCUAUGCAAGAGAUUAUCUACGUGUAUCCAUUCCAAUCUAUCGAAUUUGCGAUCCUUAAUGAUGACAUUGACCUCUUCAAAGAGUUUUUCAAAUAUCCAACUCCACCUCCAGCCAAAAUCACUAUGAUAGACUCGCCAUACUAUCCAGAACUAUCAAUUAUUGAUGCCUGUGCAUACUACGGAGCACAGAACUGCUUCUUCUUCCUUCUCGAAAACCAUAUUAAAUUAACAGAUAAUUCAUUCAAGUGUUCCAUCAUUGGUGGCAAUACAAAGAUCAUCCUUGCAUGCGAGAGUAACAAGAUAGAUAAUUCCUUCCUAGAUAUUGCCAUUAAUGCUCAUCAUUUUGCUGUUGCAAAAUGGUUAGAAACAAAAUAUAAAUUGAUUUUCUCAUGGGUAUCAUGCUCUACAAGUUAA